AUGGAUUUAUUUUUAAAUGAUGUUUCUCCCCCAAACUGUCAAUUAAAAAGUCGGAAAGAGUCAGACCCUAAUAAUGUACAGUCCUUACAUUCUAAACGAUUCGAGCAAAGAGCCAAGUACAAAGGUUGGUGCUUAACAUUCGGUAGUGACAAAGGGUUCUUUUGGUUAUGUCUUUUCUGUAGCAACCUGCAAUGUGUUUUCACGUUUGAGUGGGUGAAUUUUUACAAGAAAUCUUUGUUCUCGACAAAAGACUUUACGGCGAACGAUCAAGAGGUUGACGAUGAACCACUUGAAGAAGACCUCGCUUUUUGCCUUCCCCGCGACCACGUCCCUCACGCUUAUCUCGAUCUGUCAAGUACAGACAUGGCUAGCAUGGACGAACAUCUUCCGGAAACAAAUAUAGGGUACAAGUUACUGAUUAAGAUGGGAUGGAAAGCCGGUCAAGGGUUGGGAAGCUCUCAACAAGGAAGAAGAGAACCAAUUCGUAUCGACACAAAAUCGGAUAGUUUGG